CUCGUUAUCGUGUGCAGACAGUUCACACAGAAGCGCGUAUCUCUUGCGAUAGGGCCACUCAGGUGCGAGGCGUGCAGCCUCCCCUAUGGAGCGCGUCCCUCUUGCACUGCUCGAUGCCCCGGACGCAACGCUGUAUCACCACUUCGUUACCUGUCCGGUGCAUCACACAGCCCGCGCCAGCCAUCCAAGCCUGCAUGGCCUAUAUAUGGCCUGACAGCCUGACCUUCAUGAAGUGCAGGUCGCAUGGUCCUCUGCACCGAGUGCUCCCGGAUCCGAGGUCACGGGCAUGAUUCCCGGUCGCGCCAACCUCAUUCCGAUGUGGGCGAAAUGCAAGGAGCCCGUGUCAUUGGAACUGCGGCUGCUGCGCCCAGAAGACGACUGCAUAACCGCAACACAUGUACACGCGAUGUUGUCCGGGAAGUGUCCCCGCAAAGAAUUCAGCUGUGUGUGGACACCGUGUAUGCGAGGGAGGCGCAGCAACAAAUGCGCGGAUGGCGAGCCGCAGGAGGAAGAUAUCACGCCCGCCAUCGAGGCAGACUUAUAGAUAAGGCCGAGUGCUUUUCUUUUUCUUCUGAGAUCUCUACGAAGCUCGCAAAAACAAUUGAAAGGUGAAACGAUGACGGCUACUUUGACCUUAAUUUUUCGCUCCCCUAUCUGUAGCGAUAUGCCUGUGCAAUAAGCAAGUAUCGCUGUGCACGCUGAAGGGGAAAGCUGCCGGCAAUUUCUGAUAUCGCACCGGUCGGCAAUUCCGUUGGCUGUGGGAGCGACAGCUGUGCAGGAGCCAGCCGCCACAACGCAAAGGUAGUUGAAGCGCGCGUAGCGGAGGAUUCGCAUCGCCAUGGCCGCCAGCGUUCCCGUCGUGGGCUACACCAGUGCCAGGGGCCUGGCCCAGAGCGUCCGCAACCUGCUGGUGUACAAGGGCGUGCACUUCCAGGACAAGCGCUACGAGUUCGGACCGGCGCCGGCGUACGAGAAGCUCGGCUGGGAGGCCGACAGGGCCUCGCUGGGGCUGACGUUCCCCAACCUGCCCUACUACAUCGACGGCGACGUGCGACUCACGCAGACGGUCGCCAUUCUCCGGUACCUCGGCAAGAAGCACGGUCUCGACGCCAGGACUGACAAGGAGGCCGCGGAGCUGUGGCUUCUGGAGCAGCAGUCCAACGACCUGCUCUGGGCCCUCGUGGUGACCGCCAUGAACCCGAACGCGACCGAGGCCCGCAAGACGCACGAGCAGAGGCUGGCCGACGCGCUGCCCCGCUGGCAGGAGCUGCUGAGGAAGCGCCGCUGGGCGCUCGGGGACGCGCUCACCUACGUGGACUUCCUGCUCUACGAGGCGCUCGACUGGAACCGCCAGUUCGCGCCGGACGCGUUCGCCAACCGGCCCGAGCUGCUGGACUACCUGUCGCGCUUCGAGAAGCUGCCCAAGCUGAAGGAGUACUUCGCCUCCGACAAGUACGUCAAGUGGCCCAUCAUGGCGCCGUACAUGUUUUGGGGACACAAAUAAAGUCCGGCCAGCCGAUGGCCCGCGCACGAAAUGCUG